UAUUUAUGUAGUGAACAUGAUGAAAUUGGGGAAGAUAAUUUUCUUGUUGGUUUUCUUCACGUGUGGUAUGAAAAAUGGCGCACAGGGAUAUUUGAUUGCAGUAAAAAAAGGUUACUAUGUUGAAGCUUGUCUUACUGAUGAAUUUGUCGGCUCUGAUAAAGAUCUUUUGGAUUUCAACGGAAAUCCACUAAUACUAGCAGGGCACGAUUGUAAUCUGGUUGUCGAAAACGGCUGCGAAUCUUGGAAUAUCGAAGGGACGUACUUGACCCCAAAUAUACAGAAUGGAUAUGAUUUAUACCCACCAGUUGAUGAUUUCCGCCUAAUCGAUAUUCCCAACUUUACUAACAAUCAAGGAAAGCUGAAAAGGGCUGCCUCAUUUAAUAGUUCGGAAGACGUACGACUCCUUUUUUCCGUUUUGGCAUCGUCUAGUGCACAAUUUCUAGUAUCGAAAAGCGAAAAACACGACGAGGGAUACAUCAUCGUGUUGGAUGGAUGGGGCGACCUACACAGAUCGUCAAUUCGAUAUUGCAAACCGUUUCCACUAACCAGAUACUCGUGUGAAGAAAAAAAAUCAAUUGAUAACAAUCCUAUAUUGAAAAAUGGCAAUGAGUGGAUUCCUGUCACAUUGGAAUAUCAGAAGACACAAAAAAUGGUCUCGGUGAACGUAGGCAACCUGACAAGUUUUUUACAAGCAGAAAUAACGCAAAAAGACUAUCUAAUUGUAAAAGCUAAGAACAACGAAUAUGCCGUGACCUUGAACAUAGCAGCUGGGAUUUAUCGAGGAAAAGGAAAACUUAAGUUUCACCAAUAUGAAGUUCUAAUGCCGAGGCAAAAGUUUUCAAAAAUUAGGACUUCAGUAAAAAAUAUCAGAGGCAAUUUGCCCAUUUGCGUGGACGUUAUUUUCUGGUUGUUCAGUGAUGAAAAAUUAAUACGCAACAAAGAAGUGUUUUCAAUGACAGUAUCGCGCCAAAAGUCUUCAAUUUUUAUAGGAAACGGGAAGUUCAACGGCAAAAAGAAUGAAUGGAAAAAAGAAAGAUUCACCUCUGAAAAUCGUAUUCAGAACGGGGACGUCAUUGAAUUAACAUUUCUCGACACUGAACUGACGAUCGGUGGGAUUAGAUUUUGUGCGAAAGAUACAAAGGGUGAUCUUAUUAUCAAGCCUAAGCAAAGGAUUCAGUCCUGUGACAUUUACUCUCACAUGGGAACCCCCAAAAGCAGGGAAGGAAGUCACAAAAAACUGGUGGAAGUAACAUCGAAUAAUAAGAUUUGCCAAAAUAUUGGUCUUGUAUCUUGCGUUGGUCUCAAGGCAUGUGACAGCAACGAAGAAUGCGCAUGUUUCCCCUCAUUCAGCGGUCAUUUUUGUGAAAAUGGUUGUGCAGCCAAAACGUACGGUUGGAAUUGUACUUUAAAAUCCGAUAAGUCCUGCGAGGGAGAUGAAAUCAAUUAUAAUGGAUCGUGCAGCAGAGGUUGUUUGCCUGGGUACAGAAGGCUGGAUUGCCUUGACAGAAUUCGUCAAAUAAAUCCAGAGCUAUCUGCCAUUGAUAUUGGACCUACUAAAAUUAGUCUUGAUAUGUGGAAACUUACAAAAAAUGACUCUUCCUUCAGCAGAAUUGCAAUACAAAUUAAGAGAAACAAAUCGGAAUCUUGGCACACUUCUGUUGACUACAAAAAUCCCUUGGCUCAGUUUGUCUCUAUUGAUGGCUUGAAGAAAAAUACCGCAUAUAAUUUACGACUUGUGCUCUACGACAUGGAUGGACAGUUUAAUGACAAAAAUUUGAAAGACAUUCAGUUUACCACCAAGCUCUGCCAGCCAAUUGAUAAUAGAAGCGUGGAAGUUAAAGUUGACCAACCGUUUUCUAUCCUCAUUAGAUAUGUAGCUGACAAUGAGACAUUACAGGAUUUUUGUAAAUUGGCACGACUUGACAUUUUAGACUCUGAAAAUCAAUUGGUUUUUGAAGAAGACAUUAUUGACACCCCUCUAAUCAGGAAUUUUAAUGAAUAUUCCUGUCACACAAAGUACAGCAUCAUUGUUUAUGGCGAGGAUAUGAGUAGUGUUGGUUUUCAGUUUCAACCUUGCUCUCAGAGAAGUAUCGGUGGAUUAUUAUGCAGACCUUGGUUAACAAUUAUUUUGGCCAUUUUUAUUCCAACAAUUGGAGUUCUGCUUGCUGCAGCCGGGACAAAACUUUUUUGCAAAAAUCGCGUGAAAAAGUUCUCGAGCGCUCCUGUAACAAUGCAGGAGCUUCUCAGGGAAACGCAAGAAUAUUUGGAAAUUCAGCCAGAAUUACAAACCCCAAAUGACGAAACUGAAACUAUACCAGACUCUGCGGUGAAAGUAAUGGAGCUUGAAAAAUACAUUGAAACUGCAAUUUCUUCUGGGCUUUUGAAGCAGCAGUUUCAGCAUCAACUUAAUGGCCAAACGCAGUCAUGGAGUGUUGGGGCUGAUCCAGCAAACGAAAAAAAGAAUAGAAAAUUAAAUGUGGCCGCAUACGAUCUUACAAGAGUCAUUCUGAAAGAGCUGCCAGGCGAACAAAACUCCGAUUAUAUUAACGCUAAUUUCAUUGACGGCUAUCAGCAUUCUAAGGCGUACAUUGCUACUCAAGGGCCAUUGGAGCACACCGUGGACGAUUUUUGGCGCAUGAUUUGGCAGGAAAAAGUUACUCAAAUCGUUAUGGUAACAAAUCUGGAGGAAGACGGAAAGAUAAUGUGUUCGAAGUAUUGGCCGGAUGCAGGCCAAGAAGUUAAUUGUGGAAUUGUUUGCGUUAGAAAUCUGGACGAGGAAAUACACGCCGACUAUAUUGUUCGCUCGAUGUAUAUUUCCGUUUCCCAAGAAAGCAAAUUGGUUCAACAUUUGCAAUUCACAAGUUGGCCAUUAAAUGACGUUCCAAGCUACCCGCAAACAGUCUCUGCGUUUGUUGAAAAAAUAAAGCAGUUCAAAUCUCGAGGGCCAAUCACUGUGCACUGUGGUGCUGGAGACGGUCGAACUGGCACAAUCAUUCUGAUCCAUUCGUGCCUUAGAAUGGCAUGCAAGUAUGGAUUUAUUGACGUCUUUAAAUUGUUUAGACAAAUGCGAUCACAAAGAGCCUAUCUAGUGGAAAGCUUGGAACAGUACGAAUUUGUUCAUUUCGUGCUGCUUGAGGCGAUCACGAUUCCCAAAUUCCAGAUCCCUUGUUCUGCGUUUGCUCUUGAACACGAAAAUCUUUUGGACCAAAAUAAAAGGAAAAUGACUUUGGUAUUUGACAGAUUGUCCAAAAUUUGCGACAAAGAUUGGCAGAGAGCAGAGAAGGAAUCUGCAAAGUACAAUGACAAAAGCAAGAAUCCCAUUGCAUCAUCUUCUAGCAUUGUUCCUCUAUUUCCUCUCGGACGAUUUUCUGAAAUGGACGCGGUGUUUGUUGACGGUUACAAGCGUAAAAAUCAGUUCAUCUCUACUCAAUUGCCGGUGGAAAAUACGUUGGCGGAUUUUUGGCAAAUGAUAAUACAGCACAACGUGGAUCAAAUCAUUGUUCUGACGGAGUCAAAAUCCUCAAACGUGGUUUUCUUUCCAUCUCUGAAAAGAAAGUUUGUUUAUGACAAUCUACAAAUUAUGUCUGUUAUGGAACAAGAAACAGAAUUUGGAAACGAGCAUUCGUUUAGGAUACUUGUGGUCAAAAUUUUCAAUCCAAUUUUUAGUUUCCUUACAUUUAAACCCGAUUUUCAGGAAGACAAAGUGAAAAGACUUUUGAAAAUGACAAUUCUGCAUGGUUGGAAAAAAGGAAAUGUGACUGGACCAGGCGCUGAAGCUCUCCUCAAGUUGUGGGAGCAAAAAAUGAGCAAUGCGAUCAUGAGGACGACUGCAGUUGUUUGCCAGGACGGCGUGACUGAAAGUGGUCUUUUCCUUGGCAUUGGUAUUUUAGUGGAGAAAAUGAAGUUGGAGCAACAGGUGGAUGUCGCAUUUGCAAUGCGCUGUUUGCGGAAAUCCAGACCUGCAUUUCUGGCUCUAUUUGACCAGUUUGAAAUGCUUUUUGAAGCUGCCAAGGUGUACUUGCAGUUGUUUGACACAUAUAAAAAUUUCAACGAUUGAAAUUUAAUAGAUUUACUACUUACAAUAUUAAAUAGAAUACUUCCUAGGGACAUGGUAUAACAUGACUUAGUAACAUUACAGUGACUUGAUUGUUUUUUACCCAAUAUAAUUACAUUUUUUAAAGAAUAAUGAUAUUAUGCUUGAAGUUUUAUAUUUGAAUAAGUAAAUCAACAUUUUUUUUCAUCAUAAAUGAACAUUAUUUCUAUUUAAAACUUUAUUUAAAUUUCAAUUAAUUUAUUUUCCUCCGAUCAAGUAAGAACAAUCACUUGUAAAAAAUUGGUUAGUAGAAAAGUAGGCACACAUAUGCUAGUGAAUAACUGACUGAAGCUCAUAGCCGAUUAUUUAACAAGAGCGCAGGCGAUUCCCGACUACUCGCCGCACUUCGGAGGAAAAAAAUAAAUUUUUUUAACAUGCUUUUUGCACAAUUUCAAAUAUUUUAUUAUGGUUCGAGUGUAGUAUGAACUGUAAUAAAUUUUUUAUCCUCAUAAAUAUCUUCAAUCGCUAUACAUUUUUCUGUUGUUAGAAAGUAAAAACAACUAGAGGUUGUAAAAAUAAAGUGAGAUGAAACUACAUUUUUUAUAAUAAAUUUAUUGAUUGCAAAUUUAAAAGCAAGACUUCUAACAUGAAUGCUGUGAAUUAUGGGUAGAAUUUUGUAAGUAAUUUAAUUUUAAUUUUUAUGCCAUAUUUACAAUUAUGGAGCAAGGAUUCCAUAUUUUUGCAUAUUAAAAAUUUUUGUUUAAACUGUUGUACGAAAAAAUGUGCAAUUGUAAUUGUUGCUGAAGGAUAUUGUAUAAUGUACAAUAAACAAACAGUUACU